CAGCUGUCACUCAAGGCGGCGGGGCUGAGGCCGGCGGCGGCGGCGGGCGGAGAGAGAGGCAGCUACGCCACAGCCCAGCGGCGGCCAUUCGUGGAAAAAUAGGCCGUCCCGCUCCUCCCAGCUCCGGCUGCGACCGGCCUUCUCCCCGCUACCCCCACCCCACCCUCCGCCUCCUCCUCCUCCUUCUCCUCCCCCCUAGAGCGGCGCCUCAGCGGGGCAUUAAUGCGGGAUGAGCGAUCAAAAGAAGGAGGAAACUAUGCCCACAGAGGGAGAGAAAUCUCCCGAGGCAGAGAAUAACAACAAUAAUAAUAAAAAAGGGAAAACUGGAGGCUCACAGGAUUCUCAGCCUUCACCUCUCGCUUUGCUAGCAGCCACUUGCAGCAAAAUAGGAACUCCUGGUGAGAAUCAAGGAACUGGACAGCAGCAGAUUAUUAUAGAUCCAAAUCAAGGUUUGGUGCAGCUUCAGAAUCAGCCCCAGCAGUUAGAACUGGUAACAACUCAGCUUUCUGGAAAUGCUUGGCAGCUUGUUGCUGCUGCUCCUUCUACUUCAAAAGAAAAUAAUGUUGCUCAGCAAGGAUCUUCUGUUGCCUCCAGUGCAGCAAGUCCCUCCAGCAGUAACAAUGGAAGUACAUCUCCCACAAAAACUAAAUCAAGCAAUUCUGCUGCAGCAACCCCUGGACAGUUUCAAGUCAUUCAAGUACAAAAUCCAAGCGGUAGUGUCCAAUACCAAGUGAUCCCACAGAUUCAGACAACAGAAGGUCAGCAGCUUCAAAUCAGCCCAUCUAAUGCUACUGGCCUACAAGACAUACAGGGUCAAAUUCAGCUUAUUCCUGCUGGGAAUAAUCAAGCUAUACUCACAGCUGCAAACAGGACAGCUUCGGGGAAUGUUAUUGCUCAAAACCUAGCAAAUCAGACGGUCCCAGUCCAAAUCAGGCCUGGUGUUUCCAUCCCACUCCAACUGCAAACUCUUCCUGGUGCUCAGGCGCAAGUUGUAACUACAUUACCUAUAAACAUUGGUGGAGUAACCUUGGCCUUGCCUGUGAUCAACAACGUGGCAGCUGGAGGAGGUUCAGGUCAAGUUGGCCAGUCUACUGAGAGUGGAGUUUCCAAUGGAAAUCAGCUGGCAUCUACACCUGUCACUUCUGCUAAUACGAUGCCAGAAUCUCCUUCCUCAUCUUCCACCUCUACGACCACUGCCUCCACAUCUCUAACUAGCAGUGAGACUCUGGUAAGCUCUGCAGAAACAGGCCAGUACACAAGCACAGCAGGCAGCAGUUCAGAGCAGACAACUGAAGAACCUCAAGCAACUGCUACAGACUCUGAAGCCCAGAGCUCCAGUCAGCUUCAAUCCAAUGGACUACAGAACGUCCAGGAUCAGUCGGGUUCCCUUCAGCAGGUCCAAAUCGUAGGUCAGCCUAUUCUGCAGCAGAUACAGAUCCAGCAGCCUCAACAGCAGAUUAUUCAGGCCAUUCCUCCACAGUCAUUUCAGCUCCAGUCAGGACAGACUAUACAGACCAUCCAGCAGCAGCCUUUGCAGAAUGUUCAGCUGCAGGCAGUGAGUCCAACUCAGGUGCUCAUCAGGGCUCCAACUUUAACACCAUCAGGGCAGAUCAGCUGGCAAACUGUACAGGUUCAGAACCUGCAAAGCCUUUCGAAUCUUCAAGUUCAAAAUGCUGGGUUGCCCCAGCAACUAACCAUUACCCCUGUUUCUUCAAGUGGUGGCACAACCAUUGCCCAGAUUGCACCAGUUGCUGUUGCUGGUACCCCCAUUACUCUGAACGCUGCUCAGCUUGCUUCUGUACCUAAUCUUCAAACAGUAAGUGUUGCAAACCUGGGUACUGCAGGUGUUCAAGUUCAAGGAGUUCCUGUUACCAUUACCAGUGUUGCAGGUCAACAGCAAGGACAGGAUGGAGUAAAAGCACAGCAAGCCACAAUAGCUCCUGUUACUGUAGCAGUAGGUGGCAUUGCUAAUGCAGCAAUUGGUGCCGUUAGUCCUGAUCAGAUAACGCAAGUGCAGCUGCAACAAGCUCAGCAAGCUUCUGACCAGGAAGUGCAACCUGGCAAGAGACUGAGAAGAGUUGCCUGCUCAUGUCCUAACUGCAGAGAAGGAGAAGGAAGAGGCAGCAAUGAGCCAGGAAAAAAGAAACAACAUAUCUGCCAUAUUGAAGGAUGUGGAAAAGUUUAUGGCAAGACAUCUCAUCUUCGAGCACACCUGCGCUGGCAUACUGGUGAAAGACCAUUUGUAUGCAACUGGAUUUUUUGUGGCAAGAGAUUCACAAGGAGUGAUGAGUUACAAAGACAUAGAAGAACCCACACAGGUGAAAAGAGAUUUGAGUGCCCAGAAUGUUCCAAAAGGUUUAUGCGGAGUGACCAUCUCUCAAAACAUGUCAAAACUCAUCAGAACAAGAAGGGUGGUGGAACAGCCCUUGCUAUUGUUACCUCAGGAGAACUGGACUCUUCAGUUACUGAGGUUCUUGGUUCUCCAAGAAUUGUUGCUGUUGCUGCCAUUUCUCAAGAUUCAGACCCAGCAACCCCUAAUGUUUCAACAAACAUGGAAGAAUUCUGAAAGGAUCAUUUAUAUGGACGCCUAGUGCUGCACUUAAGUUUACAUACCUUUCAGGAUAUGGAAGUGGGCUGGUAAAAUGGAUUACAGAGCAGGAAAUCAUGUGUUCAGUCAUGACUUCUGUAAAUGUUCCAGGUUGGAGGGUCAGCAUGAGAAGUGUACACCGGUGCAACAAGACAAAAAUUUCAAAAAUACAAACAGCGCAAAUUGAUGUCCUGACUAAACAGAUGGGGGAUUAUUAUUUGCAUACUGUACUUUUUUAGUUAUAUGUCUGUAUAUCAUGUAACAAUUUUAAAUGAACUUUCCUCCCCCCCCCCAUUUUAGCAUUGUAUGUUAAUGUGUUUAUAAAAUCAGAUAAUAUCAAUGUAAAACAGGGUGGACCUCGACUAGGAUUAAUAGUGUGUUGAUGAAGGUACUUUUUUUUAAAAAAUAGAUUUGUAAUAUUUUCAUGAGAACAUCCUUUUCCCAUAAGGCACAGCAAAACUGAGUACAGAUGGAAUGAUAGUGGCAAUAUUUUAGGUUUUUGCUCAGUCCAUAGAACACAUCAGUUGAUUUUGGCCGUCUUUUCUCAAAUUUUGGAAUUACUCAAAUAGCAGCUAAAUGAUGUAUGCUGCAAAGUGGUUCUGAGGUGGAUCUCAGAUUAAGUUUGACCACUACAUUGUAGUAGUGUGUAUAAAUGACAAUCAGUGAGUUCUAAUUCCUCUCUUUGUUUGGAGAGCUAAGGUUAUGUAGAAUUAGUGUAUACAGUAGAAAAGAUAAAACAAUAGAAAUAUAUUAACAUGAGAUUUUACAAAAGUAAUGGUAACUUUAGGUAGGAUGAAAAACAAAUAUGGCAACUUUUGUGUCAAAUGUUGGUAUUUAAUUUCAUCAUAUUUUAAAACAUCUGUGGUCCAUUUCUAACUCAUAGGUAACAUGAAUCAUAAAAACUCAAUCUUAAGUAUUUAAAUGUUUUAAUUUUGUUAGGUCAUGGAAAUUAAUCAGGCAAUUGAGUGUUGUAGCUCAUUCUCCAGUAUCUUCUUCCUGUAAAUAUUACUGACUGUGGUUAAUGUGCCGAGUUCUUUCUGCUUUGACUUAAUAGCCAAAGAAAAGAAUUAAUUAUCAAAUUUUAACAAACAAAAUGGUAUUGAAAGUAAACAUUUUUAUAUUUCCCCCCUAAUGUUACUGUCUUUAUUUUUUCUUAAAUGAUAAUAUGUGGGCUGGUAGUAAAUACCUGUCUUGCAAGGUAGGUAGACCUUAUCAAGUCUUACAUUGAGCCUCCAACCACAAAACAAACUGGGGAAAAAGGAAUAUAGUUUUCUUUUUACUACGCAGCUUUUGAUUUCAAAGGUUUGGUUACAUUUUCAGAUGUGCUAGUUUAUUUGGGAAAAAAAGGAAACAAAAAAUGACAACCACAGAAAAACCCCUGCAUAUUGUGAAAACUCCACUACGUACAAGGAGGAAAGAUGGCCAAAUAUUUCAUACUCAGGAUUUUUAAUUACUUCAUGACCAGUUUUGUAAAAAAAUUUAUGCACCAAAAUAUUUUUGAUGUAACUAAAGGAAGUACAGUGCAAGAAGGGUAAGGUGUUUGCUGGUUUUGGUUUUUCCCUACAAAUUACAAAAGGAAGAAUGUGUUUGGUAUCUGUUGGUUUGAGAAACAUAACAGAUACCUUGUGCAUUUCCUCACAAAACAUAUACUUCUCAUCUGAAUACUUUAUCAAUCUUGUGGUGUGUUCUGUAUUUUUGAAGCAAGAGAAAUACCAAUCAUUGUUUACACUGUGUACACUUUAGGCCAGCCCUUUGUAGCAAAAUACUAAGCUGAAGGUAUUUUAUACUUUCAGUUUACAUAAAAAAAAAAGCUUUGAGAUUAAAGAAAAACAAUUUUACACUGUGGUUAUAAAUUUCAAGUUUCUUAAAGCUUUUGUAGACUUGUAACAGAGUCUUUAAAUUUUAGUUGGGUUUUGUACAUUAUUUUGUAUAUUUUAUUUAAAGUACUCUUACCUGAUGUAUCUGAAUUUAAAGCAUCAGAGUCAAUUAGAUGUUACAUUUAAUACAGAUGAACAUUAGGUAGUAUUAACUGUUAAUUUUAUUAUAUAGGAAAUGAAACGUCAAAUAUAUAUUUUAUCAUGCUUCACAAUCAGUGCUAUAAAUUUCUUUAUGCAAAGAAAGAACUUUCCUAAUGUUAAUACCAUGUUUCCUAGAAGUUAACAAUUUUUGUAAACUGAAGUUAUGAGCAUUCUGCACAACCAUUUCAUAUAUAAUUUUUUCAUGCAUACUUAUGUAUGCAGAUAGGAAACUGAAGUAAUUUUUAAUCUGCAAUGAAUCCCUCUUAUAGAUGUAUCAGAAUCUAAAUCUGGUUGGCUUCAUAGCAUCUCAAGAACAUUAACUUGUGUUAGCAGGUGCACAUUUUACCACUGGAAUUAGAAACAUUUUGCCAGUCUGUUCUGCAUACCAUUCUGAAUCCACUUUUCUGUCUUAAAAGGAUCGUAAAUUUCAGUGUCCUUUAUUUGACUCAGUGGGAUUUAGCUGUUGUAAGUAAUAGGGCACAGAUGUGCAGUAGUAUCUUGUUUAAUGGCAUUUCACUGUUCAUUCCCUAUGCCACCGUUAAAAAUUUUGCUUUAUUGUAAUUAUCAGUGCAAAGUGUAUUUACCAUGGUAGAACUCCAGUGUUAGAAUAGUUUUUUUCUUACAAUAUACUUUCUUUGGUUAGGUUUGUGUAUGUGUUGCCGAUUACAUUAGAAAUUGGUGUUAAGUCAUUAUUUAUCACAUUCUUUCACGAGAGCAGUAAUAAAAGUGUGUAAUCUAGGAGAAAAAGUUAAUUUGUCAGAGUUAGGUAAGCAUGAUGUUUAGGUCCUAUUUUUCAAUUUUAUAACUGUUUUAUUGCAACAAUAUUUGUAUUUAAGUCUUCAUUUUAAUGCCUUGUGGUGUUUUUUUAUGCAUGUCACUGAAUUGUCAUCCCGCAAGAAUUGAUGUGCAGCAUAGGGUAUUAAAUCUACAUAAUGAUUUUGAAACAGAAAAAUAGUUGAUGGUAAAAAUGUAAAUGUUUUGCAAAAAUUCCUUAUAAAAAAGUUUUGUAGUAAUAUUUCACUUGUAAAUUUUUCUAAAAAAAAAUGGAAAAGGAAAAAAAUGAGAGUAACAUUUCCCCACAUCUAGAAUUUAGAAAUUAAUUCUGCCAGCAAAGCCUGUAAGGCAUUAAUUUGACACUUUUACAAUGCUGAUUUGUAUAAUUUUUUGGUGGGUUUGGAACUAAAAUCAUGUACAAGUUGUUGCCUGCAAUAACAUUUUGCAAGUAACCUAUUAAAAUUCCCUUGAGUUU